CUUCGCGGGGGCUGCUGGGAGCUGUAGUAGGAGGCGGGGAGAAGAUGGCGUCCAAGAUCAGCGUGGUGCUGCGGCCGGUCAAGAGCAUCGUGGUCCGGUUCUGCCCCUUCGAGCCCAACGUGGAGAGCACGAGAAAAUUUCUCCAAUGUAUAUACCAUAAAAAAAUCCAAGCUACUAAUAGAAACUGUGAAGUGACUGCUGAUGUGAGACAUGAUGGAUCUGAACCACUUGUAGAUGUCAUGUUUGCUGAUGGAGAUCGAUUAAUAAUGAAGGGAGCCAACUUGACCACGGUAGAAAUGUUAACAGCAUUGGGGUCCAGAUGUAAUGCAAAAGACCUUAAGGAAGAACAGAAAAGCAAGAAGAAGAGUCCCUGAAGAACAGAAAAACAAGUGUGUUUGCAUUUACGUGUGUUAAAAACAGCAGACUGCACAGAAGGCUUUUCUCCUAUGCAAGAAAAUCUGAGAGAGAUGGCCAAAACACUGACCAGUUUAACAUGCAGAAGAAUGAAGCCUUCCAAUGUUCCCUGUCUUUACCUGAAGAACAUAGUGGAUCAACAAAUCUAACACCAGUGGGUCAGAGUGGCUUAAGAUGCAUGACUGGAUCUCUCUGAGCAGCUGUGUGUCGGACUAAUAUCACGUGUAUUUGCAUAUCAGUGUGAAUAAUACACAUUAGCUAUUAAAUUAAUAUUGCAAUGAAGACAGAUAUCUUUGGACAUUAUUUCCUCCAAAGUUUCUCUAUGUUGUAGUGCAAAACAUUAUUAGAGUGGUUAUUAUUUUUUGAAAACUAUUAAAUUUAGUAAAAAUUUGAAGAAAA